CUAUAAGGUCAAAAUAUUGAUUGUUUCACUUGCCCAGCGUUUUGUCUUUUUUUUGGCGAUUUUAAAAUGUAAAAGUGGCGAAAUAUCUAUUUAGAAAAAUCACGAAAGAGGCAAAAACGGCAAAAGAAAUUAUCACAACCGAAAGUAACAUGGAAUCCUGCGAUACAAUCGCAGAUAAAUAAACAGGGUAAACUACUGCUAAGUUAACGCUGGACAAGUCCGAAAAUUGAACCGACCAUGGAAUCCCCACUGUAUCCCAAGCCCAACAACAAUCUGGGCAAUGACAAAAUGAGUUCCAGCUUGAAUAGCAGCACCAUGGAGGACACCACUCCCAGCGAUUCGGGAGUCCAACUCCUGGACUCGGAGAACAGCGAUAUAAUGGUGGAGUCCAUCUGCUCCUACGAGGAGAACGUGCGACCCCUGCCACUUGUGUCAGUGGAUCCCAACUCCAAUGUGACUGCGCCGUCGGAGGAGUCGAUGACCAUUAGCGAGUGCUCCACAUUCGACACCACCGAGAAGAUUGUGUACCGACGCAAGGUGCACAAAGCCUCAUCCGCCUCCAAAACCCCCAAGAAGAGAGUAUCCUUCCACGAGGACAUAUUGAAGAACACUCGCACCGACAACAUUCACAUUGAGCAUGGCUUCAUUACCUACAAGAACGGCAGAAAGCUGGCUUUCGCCAACUCGGCGGGCGUGGCCGGCGCUCCAGGACGAUAUUCCUGGUGUCCGGAUCGUGAGCGUCCAGAGGGACCCAAUGAAAUCAGUGCCGCUGGACGGGAGGACGAUUGUGACGAGGCUGGUGGCGGGGGUGGCGCCAGGCGAAAGAGACACUACGUCUACCGGAAUGCCUGCUCGGAUGUGCUGGACUACGAUAACAUCUAUGACACGGACGAGGCACCAGGUCUUCACUAUGACACCUCGGGAGUCUUUGAGUACGGACCCAAGGGCGAGAAACCGGAGGAGCCACCGCGGCUCUACAAGUGCGUCUGCAGCAGCUCCAACUCCAGCCUGGACUCCGACGAGCAGGACAAGAACUCCAAUGCCAAUCGCAAGCAGUACGAGCAGGCUAAGAGCAGCUCCUGCGAUUGCAUCGGCAUGAGCAACGCCAACAACAACCUAAUCGGUGACAACUGUUACUAUUCAGAGCCCAACAUUGGAGAUGCCGACAGUCCCAAGAUUAAGUCUGUUUGGAACAAGGAGAAGAAGCCCAAGUCGAGCUGCUUGAAGAAAACUAAACGGCAAACGAACGUCAUCCUCGAACAAGAUCUCAAUGGGCGUGUGAAGAAGUUCAACGUGCACGACAUCAAGCACCAGUUGCUGGACAACAGUAGCAAGAUGAUCUUUGGCUCGCUGAAAAGCAUCUUCACCAUGCCGCUGCCAGAACGUGGAGUGCCCGAGGGCUCCGAGGACCUGCAGGCAGUCGUUGAGUGUUUCCCGGAGCUGGAGCAAACUCCUGAGCACAAAGCGCGGCCAGUGGCCGAGUCACCACCGCUCAAAGCCAAGCCAUUCCUCAGCAAGAGUCUCGAUGGCAGCAAGCAGGCACAACCAGUUAAGAAAUUCGUCCACAACGUAGACGAGCAAUUGCGCCAUAAAAACGACGACGAUGGUGCUAGCUCCACGGAGGCCUCUCCGAUGGAGUCAAAACAGUCACAGAUGUUGCACCGCCAAGAGGAAUUCGAUAAGGAAACAGUCCCAAUGGGCAGCGCACAGGGCGAGUUUCGCAGCAAGUUUAUCAUUAAUUGUGAGAGCACAGUCUUCGAGCACACCGGAGUAUCCUACGAGACGGGUGAGCCGCAAUCGGAACUCUCCUCCGGCAUCCAGCACACUAGCGUGGCUAGUUUGCUGGAGCAGAACACUCCCAUCGCAGAGCCGGCAGCCAGUCACAUCAAGAAAUCGUUUUUGGACGCUCCCAUUGCCAAGACGUUUAGUAAUUUCUUUCGUAGCUUCAAGGAGAGCACAAGUGCUGGAACACCAGUAGAAAAAACCGAGCCGCUAGUCACAGAUAAUUAUUUUGGUUCAAAAAUACCCAAGCCGCAACAGCAGGCACCAUCCACCGGUAAGCUUCACCGGAAUUGCUCCUCAUCCACCAUAUCGGAACCCAGUUCCAAUACCAACACAAGCAGCAACCAUCAGAUCGCAAUGAACCCACAGCUGGGCAAUGCAGAUCGUAAUUCGCGUCACCUUCCCUCUCCGCUCAAGAGGCGCGGACAGCCCUUGCAGCCGCCGCGCUACUACGACCAACAGCAUCCUCACCAGAGCCGGAGCCUCCACAGUCCCAGCACCUAUUUGCAAGCGGGACGCGGCGGUAGUGGACGCGACUCAAAGAGCACCAUUCUUAGCGAGGAAUUUGACGAUAUAUUAACCAUUACCACCACGGAUACUACUAACGACAAGCGCUCAAUGGACAGUGAUUUGGUCAUUGUAGACUACACAGAUGUGGACUAUGCUCAUUUGCUGAAGCCGCCAGCUCCGGCGGCCAAAACCUCGCUGAUAAAUAGAUUCCUUCGCAAUGUUACGCAGAAGAAAAUCAUGGAGACCUCCAUACGCAAGAAUAAUUUCUUUGCCGACAAAUUGCGAACCGAACAAAGGCACACGGGAUCUGAUCUCUAUGUAAAGGGUGCACGGCCAAAAAACUACGAGUUGAUAGAUGAUCUAAAUGCAGAGAUUGCCAUGGAAAUUGAGAUGUGCGGCACGAAUUCACCGCGCCGGGAACUCGCAAUCAGUCUGGACAACGAUUUGCCAGGCAGCAUGUCCAAUUUUGAACUUGGUAUAGGAGAGAUCUCUAUUGAUGUUUUCAAGGGGAAAUCUUUGCUCAAUUUACAGCAAUCAAAUGAGCAGCUUAUGAAGGUUUUUAAACUGUACACGGGCUACAGUGUUGAUGGCAUUAUGACUCCUGUGCUUGUUCUACUCACUGACAAAUCCCUGUAUGUAGCAAGUAUGGAUCGAAACAAUCUGUGCGCUAAGUUUGUCUUAGCCUACAAGGACUUGGAUGUCAUACUGAUGGGACCCUUCGGCAACACGGUUCUGCUCAGCAACAGCACGCGAGAUAUGCAGCAAGUUCUGCUGGCAGGUGGACCAUAUCCAGCCGGAUCUCUGGUGGCCAAUUUGGAGCUGUGUGCACGACGCAGUGGCUCCACUCUGCCCGCAGUGGGUCAACUUACUUUAGAACAUUUGGCCCCAUUGCAGGCCUUCGUCCGCGCUAACAGUUGUGUGGGCGUAGCUGAGCACUGGCUCUUCUAUGCAGUGGUUAAUGUACCAGCUGGUGGUGCAAUGCGAGUCGAAUCGCCUAGCGAACUACUGGGACCGUCCAUCAAGGGGUUCCUCAUGCACCGACGACUCAAGCAGACAACAAGCACAUCAGCAGCCACAAGGAUAUAUUGGCAACCAGGAUUCUUUCUACUAAAGGCUGGCGUAUUGUAUAUGUUUAACGAUUCCACCCAGAGGCUUCCCAGCUGGGCCAUGGCUCUUGCCGAGUGCCAAGGCGCCCAGCGAACUGUGAAAUCGGAGCGCCCUCACUGCUUCGAGAUAAUGCUGAAGGGUGAGCUCCUUCAAAUGGCAGCGCCCGACGAAUAUGUGGCCUCCGAAUGGCUGCAGGCCCUUCUGCAAUCUGCCACUAGUCUUGUAGUUCAAGACGAGAAGCACAAGACCCUUGGUUGCACUUUGAUCGUUACAGAAAACCAUUUGAUAACCCUGCGGGAAGACUUUUCGGCGCCCUUACGGCAAAUAAGCCAACAGGCGGAUAACAGUGCAACUGUUCCAGAGAACAAGGAAAUGGUGAUCGAGGAUGAAAUGCUCAGUGUUUUUGAAACCAGCAGCUUGAUGGGCUCCACCAUUAGUACUCCCACUCGUGGCACUCAGCAAUCGUAUUCCUCGCUAAGCUCCACCCCCACCAAACACACAAAUGAGCCUGCUGCUUCUAAGGAAGAUGCUACCUCACCUAAAAAGUCGCAACGAAUGACCAGUGUUUACGGAAAGAACUCCGGUUUGGCGAUACUCACCUGUGCGGACAUAAAAGCCAUGACGGGCAUUAAGAUAACUUCGCGGAGUGAGACUUGGUGGUGCAUAUUAGAGUUCUCCUGCCAAGAAGCCCCCUUAGAAAGUCUGGACGAUUUGGUGAUCUUCUUUGCCAGCAGCAUGGAAAUGCAACGUUUUCUGCGGUUGCUAGAGCAACUUUGGCAGUCUAAAAAUAACGAUCUAUUUCCAAUAACCAUACUAGAUGACGGCGACUCUCUGACCGAGCAGUGUAACCAACUCUAUAUGGAUACUAACAGGGCCUGGGAGCCUCUGCUAUCGGCUGCGCUAGGUUAACGUGGCUAUAGCAAUAUAUACUCCAUUUACAAAUAGAAAAUUAUAUUUCCAUAUAACUCAAACGUUAAA